AUGGCCCGCGACGUCGAAACAACCCUCAACUACUAUGACGACCCUCGCGACGGCUCGGAGCCCACGCCCGUCUACGUCGGCAAGGGCACCGUCACCAACGAACGGCCCAUGACCGUGGCGCCCGUGACCGCGCAUGACAUCACGGGUCGCGAAGGCGACUUUACUCUCAACAGCUGCGGCUUCCAGCUGCUGACCAAACCAACCGCCGCGGCCAGAGAGUGCAUCGCCGACAAUUUCCAGAGCCUCGACCUCAUCAAACGCGUCUACUUCCCAGACACCGUAGACAUCCUCCGCGCGGCGACGGGGGCCGCCCGCGUCGUCAUCUUUGACCACAAGAUCCGCCGCGGCCCCGCCGACUGGCACGCACGCGGGCCCGGCAAUGCCAGCCAGCGCGGGCCGCUGCACCGCGUCCACGUCGACCAGUCCUACGAUGGGGCCGCGUUUCUUCUCCGGUGGACCCUGCCCGACGAGGCCGACCACCUUGCUCAGCGUCGCUGGCAAAUCAUCAACGUCUGGCGCCCUUUCCAUACCGUCACAAAGGACCCGCUCGCCGUCGCCGACGCCCGGUCCAUCGCCGACGCCGACCUCGUCCAGGCCAGCGUCUUCUACCCCGACCACACGCAGCACACGUGGACCGUCACCGCGUCGCAGGACCAUCGUUGGUACUACAAGCACCGGCAGUCGCCCGACGAGGUCAUGCUCAUCAAGUGCUUCGACUCGGUCGACGACGGAUCCGUGGCCCGGCGGGUGCCGCACUCGGCGUUUCGUGACAAGGAGUACGACGAGGACCCGCCGCGGGAGAGCAUUGAAGUGCGGGUACUCGUGUUUUAUGAGGACUGA